AUGCAGCGAUCUGCCGGCCUGGAGGCGCGCCUGGCUGACGAUGAGUCGGCGGCGGCGCUGGCGGCGUGCUCGUGCGCGGAGCUCGCCUCCGAUGCGCGCGCCCGCCUGGAGGAGGCAAGCAGGGGCGGGGACGGCGGCGGCGCGCCCUCCUCCAAGCUGGAGGCGCUCGCGGCCGGCGCGACGCGGGCGCUCGCGCGGCAGCAGGAGGAGCUGAAGGGGCACAGGCGGCGGCUGGAGGAGACCGCGCGGGCCCUGAGGGAGGAGGCCCACCGCUUUGAAGCUGAGGAGCAGGAAGCCCCCGCAGCGGCGUGCCUCGCGGCUGCAGACGCCUGCGAUGGGUCGGCCGCCCGGCUGCUGCCGUUGCUGAAAGGCCUCCUGGAGCAGCUUCUGCUGGUGGAGACGCGCGUCGCUGAGCUGGCGGCAGACGCAGACCUGCGGCUCUGCGGCUGCGCGGCCGCGGGCGCAGGCGCGGGCGCGGGCGCCCUGCCCGAGCUCGAGCCCGCCGCGGCGAUCCAGGCCCUCGCGGACCGAGAGUGGCGACUGGCAAACAGGGCGGCCGCGCUGCAGAACAUCGCCCGAGAGGAGCAAGAGGAGGCGUGCCUGCUGCAGUGGAGCGGCCACGUAGAGGGGGCGAAGAAGUGCGUCGCCAUAGCCGAGGCCUGCCGCGAGCGCCUGCUGGCCACACAGGACCUCAUCAGCAGGGUCCAGGAGCGCCGCGCCGCGCUGGAGGGGCAGCAGCUCGCGCUGGGGGUGGAAGAGGACCUGCGCUGCGCGGCCGAGGAGCAGGCCAGGGCGGCGAGGCAGCCCGAGCCCCUCACGUUUGCGACGACCCGCGGCCGCGGCUGGGCGGCGGUGUCGAUGUGGGUCACGCGCACGCUGCUGGAGGAGCGGGAGCAGCAGCUGGUGGCGCGAGUGCAGCAGCUCGACGGCAGCGCGCGCGACGAGGUGCGCGCGCCUGGCCGCGGGCGCGCGGCGUCGCACAAAAAGGCCGCGAGGCUCGAGCGCCGCCAGAAGGCCCGCUGCGCGGUGGAGUGCGCCAAGCGCGGCGACGCGUACCGCGCGCAGCAGGGCAGGUUCGAGCGGCUGCUGGCCCGCGUUUUGGAGCAGAAGGCCCGGCUCGGGGCGUGA